AUGUGGAUAUCUGCUAAAUUAUUAUAUGUUAUUCCAAUUUUGUUCCUUUUGUCUUUAUUCGGAUCCCCUUUCUUUGACUCGGAAACAAUCCCAUUACCCUUACCUAAACUUCAUGGAAAAUUUCUUCAUAUAACGGAUUUUCAUCCAGAUCCCCAUUACGUUUCUAAUGUUACCGCAAGAUCUAGAUGCCAUGAACACUUUAAAAGUACAAAAAAACCCAAGCAUAUGAAAAGAGGUAUAUCCGGUCCUUGGGGAGCUCCCGCAACUGUUUGUGAUUCUCCCAUGAGUCUGAUUGAUGCAACGUUUGAAUGGUUGGAAAAAAAUUGGAAGAAUAAACUUGAUUUUAUUGUAUGGACAGGAGAUAACGCAAGGCAUGAUAACGAUGAUAUUAUACCGCGAACUCCGGAGGAAAUGUUUCGAUUAAAUCGAAUGAUAACCGAGAAAUUUCUAGAAACUUUUGGAGAUCCUCAACUUCGUAGUAGAAAGAAAGCACCACAUUUCAUCCCUAUCGUACCCUCUAUAGGGAACAAUGAUAUUCAUCCUAAUAAUAUCGUACUUCCAGGUCCAAAUGAUCUUCUUACAACUCUUCAUGAUAUAUGGUAUCCUUUUAUUCCCCAAAAACAGCACAAAACCUUUCUUAAGGGUGGAUAUUUUUACACAGAAGUCAUCCCCGGUAAACUCAUUGUUGUCUCGAUAAAUACAUUAUAUUUUUACAAGGCCAAUACGGCCGUUAAUGGAUGCAAAGCCAAGGAUCAACCUGGCACGAUUCAUUUGAGGUGGCUAAAUGAUGUUUUGAGAAUGGCUAACAAACGUGGAUUGAAGGUUUAUUUAACGGAACGAGAAGGAUUAAACAUUUCGCAAGAGGAUCAAGGAGCAGUUGAGACAAAAGUUUAUAAUAUUGAUAAAUACAUGAAUAAACUUCUCAAACAUUAUCGUAAAAUUCCACUUACUAGAGAAGUAGAGAAAGAAUACGCUGUUAUCAAUAUUAAUCCGUCAGUAAUUCCUACAUUCUUCCCUGCUUUAAGAAUAUUUGAUUAUAAUAUAACCGAGCUAGCAAAUGAAGAUCAUGAAGUCAAUUCAACGAAAAAAUCUAAAAAAGAUUCCCCUUCACAAGUGAACACUUUUUUGACGCCCUUGGGUUAUACACAAUAUUUCAUAAAUCUCACUCAUGCGAAUUUGUAUCCAAACAUUACACCAGAAUACAUAAUCGAAUAUACGACCUGGAAUGAAUAUCACAUGAAUGAUUUAACAGUUCCAAGUUGGAUUCAACUAGCACGAAGAAUUGUAAAUCGUGGAUUCAGGAGCAGUUUAUGGAAAAAGUUUCAAGAACAUUUAAUGGUAGGAACAAGGUCUCUGAUUAGACAAAAAAACAAGAGAAGUUAUCGAAAUUCAGAUUCAGAUGAUCGCGUCAAAGGUCCAGAAGACUAUAUAGUUUCGGAACUUUCAUUUUAA